GACUGAGCUGCCAUUAAGAGUGUUCGUCUGCCCCAUUGAUCGUAUAGUACUAUACAGCAGGUAAGACCAGUCUGGGGAUGAACACAAGAUGAAUGUGAACCAGCCACCGCAUUUAGCUACUCCUUACAUGCAGCCUCAGCCUGGGGGUUACCAACAGCCUCCCUAUGGGGACCAAACAGUGCCUGGAGGACCUCAGUAUCCUGGAUAUAACGGGCCAAUGCAAGGCUAUCCACAGCAUCCCCCUUCACAAGGUCCCAUGAGGUCUCAACCCACAUCGGGGCCACCAACAACAGCAGGAUCAGCUGUUCCUCGAGACCAGCUUCUGUAUAAUCAGUAUGGCCAAGGAGAUGUGCAGAAUGGGCCAGCAUCAUUGGGCAAUCAGAUGCAAAGACCCCCCUUGAACAACCAGUCCUACAUGCAGCCGGGGACUCUUCCACAAGCAACUAGUUACCAGCAAUAUCUACCACCCUCAAGCAGUGCACAGCAAAUAACCAAUCAGAUGAUGGGAAUGCACAUUGGCGGCACUGCAACAUCUGCUCCACCACCUACAGGGCUCCCUUAUGGUGCUCAAAACUCUCUUCCACCAUCAUCUGGAAGUUUUCCUGCCAGCGGAUCAAAUGUUUAUACUCCAUACCCAAAUCAACAAAGUCCUUCUCCUAUGAAUUUGGCACAAGGGAUGCCUCCUACAAGUCAACCACAAGUUUUGCCACCCCAGACACAACGUUUUGGCGGCCCCCCACCUCCACAGCGUCUUCCUUCUCCACAAGCUCCAGGCUUUGGCCCUCCUCAGUCAUCGGCAGCUCCUCCUUCAAGUUACCCCUCUCAGUUGCCUGGUGGACCUCCACCUACAUCAGUGCAAGGUCCCCAGCUGCCAGGACAACAUCUGCCAGCAUCUUCAUUAACGCAAACCAACCAUGUUCCACCUUCUCAGUCGCAGACAACUAUGCCUGGAGUCUCUCAGGGGCCACCUCCUAUGCCCCCUGGUCAAGGUGGAUUUCCUCUUCAACAGAAUGGUUCCUUUGGGCAAGUGAGGGGCCCACAGCCUGGUUAUCCUGGGAAUUAUCCUCGAGCCCCUAAUUAUGGAACGCAGCCUGGUCCUCAGGGCCCUCCAGCUCCACCACCCCCGGCACAGAAGAGACUGGAUCCAGAUUCCAUUCCCAGUCCUCAACUUAACGAACUGCAACCCCAGCAGAAAACAAGGCACAGAAUAGACCCAGAUGCAAUUCCUAGUCCAAUCCAAGUCAUAGAAGAUGAUCGAAACAACCGGAGCUCUGAGCCCUUCGUCACGGCCCUGAGGGGGCAGGUUCCACCGCUUGUAACCACUAACUUUAUAGUCAAGGAUCAAGGUAAUGCGAGUCCCCGCUACAUAAGAUGCACCUCUUAUAAUUUCCCUGCCAGUUCAGACAUGGCCAAGCAAUCGCAGGUUCCGCUGGCAGCUGUUAUUAAGCCUUUGGCAACCUUACCCCCAGAAGAGGCCCCUCCCUGCGUUGUUGAUCACGGAGAGUCCGGUCCUGUUCGCUGCAACCGAUGCAAGGCCUACAUGUGCCCUUACAUGCAGUUUAUCGAGGGCGGCCGAAGGUUCCAGUGUUGUUUCUGUAGCUGCGUCACGGAAGUCCCUCCACAUUACUUCCAGCACUUGGAUCACACAGGGAAGAGAGUAGAUUGCUAUGACAGACCAGAGUUAUCUAUGGGAUCAUACGAGUUCACAGCAACAGUCGACUACUGUAAGAAUAACAAGAUUCCAAAUCCCCCGGCUUUCAUUUUCAUGAUUGACGUUUCAUACAAUGCUGUGAAGAGUGGAUUGGUAGCCCUGAUCUGCGAGGAGCUGAAGCAGCUUAUAGAUUACCUGCCCAGGGAAGGCAAUAUGGAAGAGUCCGUUAUCCGAGUGGGAUUUGUGACCUAUAACAAAGUCCUCCACUUCUAUAAUGUGAAAAGCUCCCUCGCUCAACCACAGAUGAUGGUUGUUUCGGAUGUGGCAGAUAUGUUUGUUCCUCUUCUGGAUGGAUUUUUAGUCAACGUGAAUGAAUCCAGAACGGUUAUCACCAGUUUGCUGGACCAGAUUCCCGAAUUAUUUGCUGACACAAGGGAAACAGAGACUGUUUUUGCUCCAGUUGUACAAGCUGGUUUGGAGGCAUUGAAGGCCGCAGACUGCGCCGGAAAGCUUUUUAUCUUUCACACGAGUCUUCCCAUUGCUGAGGCUCCUGGGAAACUUAAGAACAAGGAUGACAAGAAGCUAAUUAAUACAGAUAAGGAGAAGACUUUGUUCCAGCCUCAGACCAAUUUCUACAACAGCUUGGCCCAGGAAUGUGUAGCCCAGGGGUGCUGCGUGGAUUUAUUCCUGUUUCCCAAUCAGUUUCUGGAUGUGGCCACACUUGGUGUGGUGCCUUACCAAACUGGAGGCUCGGUCUAUAAGUAUACAUUUUUCCAGCUGGAAACUGAUAAGGAGCGCUUCUUAAACGACUUGCGCAGGGACGUACAGAAAGACAUAGGCUUUGAUGCCGUUAUGAGGGUCCGAACCAGCACUGGCAUUCGGGCAACGGACUUCUUUGGCGCUUUCUACAUGAGUAACACCACAGAUGUAGAGCUGGCAGGACUGGAUUGCGAUAAGACCAUAACUGUGGAGUUUAAACAUGACGAUAAGCUGAAUGAAGAUACCGGAGCCCUUUUACAGUGUGCUGUACUGUAUACCAGUUGUGGGGGGCAGCGUAGGCUCCGAGUUCACAACAUGGCCCUGAACUGUUGUACGCAGCUGGCUGAUCUCUACAGGAACUGCGAGACUGAUACGCUUAUUAACUUCUUUGCCAAGUUUGCAUAUCGUGGAGUCCUGAGCAACCCAACAAAGACUGUCCGUGAUUCUCUGAUUAAUCAGUCCGCACAGAUCCUAGCCUGUUACCGGAAGAACUGUGCAAGCCCUUCGUCUGCUGGUCAGCUUAUUCUCCCAGAAUGCAUGAAGCUACUACCUGUUUACCUGAACUGUGUGCUGAAAAGUGACGUGCUACAACCUGGUCCUGAAGUGUCAAUUGACGAUCGGGCCUACAUCCGGCAACUUGUCUUAUCCAUGGAUGUUGCCGAUUCGCAUGUCUUUUUUUACCCCAGGCUCCUGCCCUUGACAAAAGUGGAUCCAGCUAGCGACUCCUUGUCUGUAGCUAUCCGUUCGUCAGAGGAACGCCUCUCUAAGGGGGAGAUUUACUUGCUUGAGAAUGGAUUGAACUUGUUUAUAUGGGUUGGUGCAAAUGUGCAGCAGUCACUCAUCCAGAACCUCUUUGGUGUAUCAUCUUUCAGCCAGAUUGAAUCUAACAUGGGUGCACUGCCGAAGCUGGAUAAUCCAAUUUCAAACAAAAUGCAUGCAAUUAUAACAAGCUUCAGAGCUCAGAGACCACGGUAUAUGAAGCUGCUGGUUGUGAAGCAAGAUGACAAGCUGGAGAUGCUCUUCAAACACCUCUUGGUGGAAGACAAGAACCUCAAUGGAGGUGCUUCGUACGUAGACUUCCUCUGUCACAUGCACAAGGAGAUCAGACAGCUUCUGAGUUAAAGAUAAAGAGCUGGUGGCGCACACCUUUAGUGACAUUCAAAAUCUUCUACUGUCCACCUUGUUCUUUUAAUUCUGCUACUGCAACCAGGACAGUCACAAAUGAGUUCAACUUUUUUUUUUUGCCUACUCCAUCCUUUUCUUAAGAGACAGGUUUCCCAUCCAAAGAGAGCUCUCCUUAAAAGUAACACUUUUAGGAUCCCAAUCAGAGAUAAAACUCAUCCAGGCUUUGAAAAGCUCGUUCCCAUGGAGGACCCCAGGCUUCUUCAAUUGUUGCUAAUUCCGUUGCAAUGAAUGUAGAUUUCUCAAAUGAGAAUUAAUUGAAAAAUACACUGGUUCUUGUCAUGUUGACUGCUUGCUCUACCGUUUUGAAGAAUGAGUGAUUGUGAGAAAAUAGAUGAACUGGCUUAAACAAUAGAAAAAAAAAUCACAUAUUUCUAAUAACCUGCAAUGAACCACUUAAAAAAGAAAUGACGCCCUACCUGGUAGUAUUGAGUGGUUUUUUUUUUCUCCCUUUGUAAUUACUUGUCACGGUUAAAAUGUUUCUACAUGCAAUGCUUCUUAUGGAUAAUUAUAUAUUAAAAUGAUACAAUGGAAAGAGA